GCGAGGGGGGCGGGGCGGGAGCAGGGCAUCGACGCGCAGCUACUAGCCGACAGCAGUUUCGAAAGCGUCCGAAGGAUGCUCCUGUUUCAGGUGAGAUUCAGCGGGUUAUAGUGAUAAUUAAUCUGAAGGGAAGCCAAGCAGACAUCCAGGGCCUCAUACCACUUUAACGUUGAAGGGCAGGACGCUGACAGGAAUAUACAAACAGCAUGCGGUGAUUAAGACUGAAGCCUGAAGGCACAGCAGGUCUGGCGGCGGCAGCAGUAGCAGCAACAGGCAUUUAGCUUAGAUGAAGGAUGAAGAGCCCAGUGCACAGAUGCAGGGAUGUGGAGCACGGGCGAGGGCAGAGCGGGACCGGGGAAGGAAACAACUGCCUACAGGCCGAGCAGCGCAUCCCUAUCUCCAAAGACGUCAUCACUUCCUCAUCUGCCUCCGCCAUGUGGUUCAUCAGGGACGCCUGUGGCAUCGUGUGCGCCAUCAUCACCUGGCUGUUGGUGUUUUAUGCAGAGUUCGUGGUGCUGUUUGUGAUGCUGCUGCCCUCCAAGAAUCUGAUGUACAGCAUUGUGAAUGGGACCCUUUUCAAUACUCUGGCCUUCCUUGCCCUUGCCUCACACGUCAGGGCCAUGUGCACCGACCCUGGGGCGGUGCCAAAGGGGAAUGCUACUAAAGAAUACAUAGAAAGCCUUCAGCUGAAACCAGGGCAGGUGGUCUACAAAUGUCCUAAGUGCUGCAGCAUCAAGCCUGAUCGAGCACAUCACUGCAGUGUUUGCAAACGCUGCAUACGGAAGAUGGACCACCACUGUCCCUGGGUCAAUAACUGCGUCGGCGAGAACAACCAAAAGUAUUUUGUGCUUUUCACUAUGUACAUUGCACUCAUCUCUCUCCACGCUCUGGUCAUGGUGGUCUUCCAUUUCCUCAACUGCUUUGAAGAUGAUUGGACAAAGUGCAGUUCCUUCUCUCCUCCAGCAACAGUCAUCCUGCUCAUACUCCUGUGCUUUGAGGGUCUCCUCUUCCUCAUCUUCACCUCUGUGAUGUUCGGCACCCAAGUCCACUCCAUCUGUACCGACGAGACCGGCAUAGAGCAGUUGAAAAAGGAAGAGAGAAGAUGGGCUAAAAAAACUAAGUGGAUGAACAUGAGGGCGGUAUUUGGACACCCUUUCUCCUUACUGUGGUUUAGUCCCUUCUCCACCCCUGACCAUGGGAAGGCUGAGACCUACCAGUAUGUGGUGUGAGAGCUCAGCGCAGGGAACGAGGCGGCCGGGUCAAAACAAAAGUGGGAAGCCCAGUCCGGCCCCACAGAGCUCAGCUAUGGCAGCCUGUUACUCGCAAUGCUAAACACGAUUUCCACUAUAUCCCCCCACGCUAGCCAUGGGACAGCUUUCCAUCUGCUUUUUUGUGUUGCCAACUAAGUGCGCUAUACAUUAAUGUUUGUGUUGCCUUGAGUGAGUGGAGUUGCAGAGGAAAAGACUUUCAGUUUGUGAAUCCUGUGUGUAAACACUGUGAUAAAUCUGUUCUUAUUCUGAGCUAUUUCUCUUUCUGUUGUUGUAUCAGACGCCUUCUCUUUUCUUGCUCUGUGUUUACUCUUGCUUUCCCCCUAAGUGGCAAUUCAGUUAAAUUCCAGAAAAACACAUUUUCUCACUAGUGGUGUCUGGUCACGCUGCACUUUUUAGUUUUUUUUAUUUUGAUUUGAUCUCAGAUAUCAGCACUCGAAAACCCCCACCCCAAUACAAUGGAAGAGAAUGGAAUUUCACCAAAAUUUGUCAUUUACUGCCUUAAACAAAAAUUGGCUGCAAUUAAUCAAGUAAUUGUUUCAGCUCCUUUUUCAAAAUGACUUCAAAGCUUCAGAAGUCAAAUGCUCCCAUAUGAGGAUGGUUUUAUACUUAUGGAAGCUGUUUCUUGCACUCAUGUCAUGUGCAUGCACCUGUUUGCACCUGUGUGCACGUUUUGAGACUUAUUAAAAGAUACAAAAGUUCCAUUCACCUCCGUUGUACUCAAGUGAGAGCAGAAAAUUCAAAUCCUGGCCAGAUAAAACCAAAACUAUCUGCCUGACUACAGUUAAGAACUAAAUAUGUGUCUUUUUGUAAUUUGGGUGAAAUAACCCUUUGAAUCUUCCUCUUGUCAGUGUGUUCCAGAUUUGGAAAAAAUGAACCUUUUAAACAUGUCCUCACUUGGAUGGAUUGGUUGAGUAGUCAGGUUUACAGUAGGUUUAGUCUCUACAGUUAGAUUCCAUGUGGGAGCCAGCAGAUCCAGUCUAUGGCUCAUCCUUAUACAUGGUGCCAAAUACAGCGUGUGAAGGAACGCUUUGCCAUCAUUAUUGUGAAUUUGUGAUCAAUCAUGACCGUGAAAACAUUUUUAAAUCUAAUCAAAAAAGCCAAAAGAAAACAAAACAGUUUUCCCGAUAAAAGUCGAGGCUCAUUUGAUGCAUUCUUACAAUUAGAAGAUGUACUGAUCCCAUUUUUUUUCCUCGUGAUAUCGAUUCUAAGUUGAUGGAUGGUGUUGACACGGGUCAAGUCGUCAUUCUCACCACAGAGGAAAAGAAGUGAUUAAUUUAAAAGUAUUGUAUUUGAGCCUGACGUGAAAAAGUCACACUGUAGUGUGUGGAACAUUGUCCCCGAUUCCUCUCUGAUACAUGCUUGACAAUGAACAAAGCCGUCGCUGGAGGCCAGAGAUGAAACCGAAACAAGCCGGCAAGUUUCUGGUGGCUCCACCAAAUGGAAUCAGUGUAGAAUCAAAAUGCCGGCCUGCUUUGGGCAUCGCAGGUUUUGCUGAAUCACUCUUGCGUUGCUCGGUGGGGAAAUGAAAUGGUUUCAGUCAGUACACGUCAGCCCUCAGCUCGCCUUUCAGCUGUAAAACAUGGCUGUUAGAAGCCUGUCAACAGCCAUACUAUAGCAUAUGCUCAUUCUCCUUUUUUUGAGGAAAGGUUUGCCUGUCCACAGUAACACCAACGCUUCCUCUGUGUGUGUGUGCGCGUGUGUGUGUGUGCGUACGCGCGCACAGUUGCCAGUAAAACAGGCCCUGUGCUCUGAGCCCAUGUGGUGUUUUGAUGUCGUGAGCGUGUGCCAAAUUCAGUGAAUCCCACACCUACAUGAUUAUUUGAGAGAGCUUUUAAAUGAAAUUCCUCAAAAAAAGGACAUCGGCUUAGCUUUAAAAUUGUCUUUUUUUUUUUGUCUGGAGGAAACUGAUUAAAUCCUGUGUGGAGUCAAAGGGAAGCAGCGUAUAAGCAUGUAAAACUCUGCAUACGUCUGACUGUGCAGCAGUGGGAUGUUAACUAGACUGUAUUUCUGCACUAUUCCAGAUUACUACAAAACAUUUAACAAAGUAUGAACUUUGAUCAUUCACAUUCACGUGUACUAAAAAGGCUAAUUCGCACUUUGUAUUUAUCAUUUGAGAUCUUCUGUGUGAACUGAUCUGUUCUGAAGUGUGCAUUUUCUUCUUCUUUGUUUACAUGAUAUUGUAUGUAUCCUUUGUUAUGUGAAUGCAUGGUACAGAUGAAGGCUCAUUUAGAAAUGUAUGUGAAACACUGCUGGUAUGAUGGUGCCACGUCUCGCUGGUGAGAGUGAUGGUGGAGAUGAUUUGUUUUUUUACAGAAAUUUUAAUUCUUUCUAAAUAUUCUAAAGAUACUUCAGCACGUGCGCAGAGAAUAAAUACUUCUCAGUUGCAAUGCAAAAA